AACGGACGCCUAAAACAGCUGAUACAGCGCGCUUCAUUUUCCAAACAGAAAAAAAACUAAUUGUUAGUAGCGUCCUUUGUGAAAUUGUUAAGUGUUAGAGUUAUUAAAAACAAAGAAAGACUUCAAAGGACCUCGUAUGGACCAGUCUAAGCAAGUUUUGCGGGACUAUUGCGGCGACGGCAAUGGUACCUGCGCAUCGUCCUUGAGGGAAAUCACCUUGAUUGAGACGGUGACCAGUUUUCUGGAGGAGAAUGGCGCGUCCGAAAUUGACAGAAGGGUUCUACGCAAAUUGGCGGAGGCAUUAUCCAAAAGUAUUGAUGACACCAGUCCGGGAGCUCUGCAAGAUGUCACCAUGGAGAACUCAUAUGCCAGUUUUGAUGUGGCGCGACCUCAGGGCGGCAGUCACUCGCCCAUAAUGCAAGGUCGAUCUGUGCGCGAGUUGGAGGAACAGAUGUCCUCGCUGCGCAAGGAGAACUUCAAUCUGAAGCUGCGCAUCUACUUCAUGGAGGAGGGUCAGCCGGGCGCACGUGCAAACCAUUCCCCCGACUCCUUGAACAAACAGCUCAUCGAUGCUAAGAUUGAAAAUGAGUUGCUGAGGAAAACUGUCGACGAGAAGAUGGAGCUGCUAAAGGAUGCGGCAAGAGCCAUUUCCCACCACGAGGAUAUGCAGCGCAAAGCGGACUUUGAAAGUCAGACUAUUAUUGAUGAGUUGCAGGAUCAGAUUCGCUCCUACGAGAUGGCAGAGUCAGGCCAAGGGGGUAAAAACGUUGCAUUUGAUGACAGAAAGCUGCAGCGUCUUGAGUCGGAAGUCCAAAAAUUGGAGGAGGAACUUGUGGAGUCUGACCUGCGCAACACUAAGAUAAAACACGAUCUGGAAUUUACAUUGGCCGAGCGCCUGGAAACUAUAACGGCCUGUGAGGCCAAGAUUCAGGAGCUAGCCAUCAAGAAUGCUGAACUAGUUGAUCGCCUUGAAAAGGACGCAGAAGCCGCCGAGACGUCAAACAGGAUCAUAGAGCAGUUAAAGGUCACGAUUGAAGAGUGUCGGGCUGAAAACCAGAAUCUGGUGUCCUCUAUAAGUGCCAUUGAGGUCCAGCUGGGGCGUCAAGUCAGCUCUAUGAAGGAGACCAACAAUACGAUAGACGUUCAGCGUCAGUCCAUCCAGCUUUUGGAAGGCACAAUCAAGCGUAAGGAAAAGUCUUAUGGAAGUAUCUUGAAUAGCCUGCUGGAAUAUGAAGAAUUGAUAGCUAAGUUGAACGCCGAGCUAGAUAUAUUGCGGAAGGAGAACGUAUACUUCCGUGACCUCUCCGACAAUCUGCAGCAAAAGAAGCUGCUGCAGUGGGAUCAUGGAGUGGCUAUAGUGCCACCGAUACGCACGGCAGCGGAUACCGGGUGUUUUGUGUGGCAGUCCGGGACCUUCGUCGCACAAGAGCCUUUGCCAAUGGAAAUCCACAGCAGCAGCAGCACCACAUCGGUAUCCGAAUCCACAGUUUCUUCAACAGCGAGUACACCACCACAACAGUCAUGCCACUUUGUUGGCCGUAACGGCUCCCAGUACGGCCUUCUACAACUAUUCGCUGCCAAGCUUUACUGGAUUCCGGCAGUUCCUGUGGCGCUGGGGCACGUAGCCCUUAAACUCAUAUUUCUGAUGGUGCGGGUGCAUUCCUGUCUGCAGUAUAACCGGAUCUGGUUUCCCUUGCAGGCGAAGCGUGAACUGGGUGCCCAACUGGCGGACAAGAUAUGCGAACUGCAGGAUGCCCAGGAGAAGCUUAAGGAGCGCGAAAGGAUUCACGAGCAGGCCUGUCGCACCAUACAGAAGCUAAUGCAGAAGCUGAGUAGCCAGGAGAAGGAGAUUAAGAAGCUCAAUCAGGAGAAGGAACAGUCGUCGAAUAAGGAGAAGGACAGCAACAAGGCCACCGUAUCUCCAUCGACCACAGGCCGCUCGAUGAGCGACAACGAGGCCAGCUCCCUGGAAAUCUCAACCAAUCUGAGGGUGCGCUAUGAACUGAAGAUCCACGAGCAAGAGGAGAAGAUCAAGCAGUUGCAGGCAGAGGUCAAGAAGAAGACGGCCAACUUGCAGAAUCUGGUCAACAAGGAGCUGUGGGAGAAGAAUCGUGAGGUAGAACGCCUCACCAAUUUGGUGGCUAAACAGCAAAAGAUGCUGCCGCAGAUUGGCGAAGAGUCCGCUGGCGAAGCAGACCUGCAGCAAUCCUUUACAGAGUCAGAAUAUUUGAGGGCUCUGGAACGGAACAAGCUACUCCAAAAGAAGGUGGACGUGCUCUUCCAACGCUUGGCAGACGAUCAGCAGAAUUCCGCCGAAACUGGACAACUGCGACGAGAUCUUCAGCAAGCUCGUAUGGAUGUGGAGACGUCGGAUAAGUGGCGACAGGAGUGCGUCGAUGUCUGCGGUGUUCUGACCAAUCGAUUGGAAGAGUUGGCUGGUUUCCUUAACUCUCUGUUGAAGCACAAAGAUGUCCUCGGGGUGUUGGCUGCUGAUCGUCGCCACGCCAUGCGAAAGGCUGUGGAUCGCAGCUUGGAUCUUUCGAAGAGCCUUAAUAUGACGCUGAACAUGACUGGUGCUUCCUUGGCUGAUCAGAGCCUCGCACAGCUGUGUAAUCUAUCUGAGAUCCUGUACACCGAAGCAGAUGUUAGCAACAAGACUUUUAAUUCCCAUGAGGAAAUCCAUGCCGCCAGUUCGAUGGCUCCAACUGUAGAGAACUUGAAGGCGGAGAACAAGGCUCUUAAAAAAGAGUUGGAAAAACGUCGAAACUCCGAAGGUCAGCAGAGAAAGGAACGUCGCUCCCUUCCAUUGCCCUCUCAACAGUUGGAUAACCAAAGCGAGUCGGAGGCUUGGUCAGAGCCAGAUCGCAAGGUUUCUCUGGCGCGCAUUGGUCUGGACGAAACCUCGAACAGUUUGGCGGCGCCGGAACAGCCAGCCAGUGAGUCGGAGAGCGAAGGAAGAGCCUGCGCCACCCGCCAGGAUCGUAAUCGCAACAGCGAACGUAUUGCCCAGCUGGAGGAGCAGAUUGCCCAGAAGGACGAACGUGUCCUGAACGUGCAGUGCCAGUUGGUUGAGCUGGACAACCGAUACAAACAGGAGCAACUGCGCUGUCUGGAUAUCAGUCAACAACUGGAGCAGUUGCGUGUCAUCAACGAGGCUCUGACUGCGGACCUGCAGGCUAUAGGUUCACACGAAGAUCAGCGAAUGGUGGAGCUGCAACGCCAGUUGGAGGCUAAGAAUCAGCAGAUUGACCAACUGAAGUUGGCACUGAGCACUUUGACUGCGGAUUCCCAGAUAACCGAAAUGGAACUGCAGACAUUGCAGCAGCAACUGCAGGAAAUGGAGCAUGAGCACGCAGAUUCAUUGGAGAAACUGCAAUCCCAACUGGAGCAACACAAACUGGAGUCAAUGCAACAGUUGGAAGAGCACGAGCGCCUGCACCAGGAGACUCUCGGACGCGACUGGGUGGCCAUAGCCACUUACCAGGAGCAAGCUGAACAGCUUUUAGAACUGCAACGAUCCCUGGACUAUCACCAGGAGAACGAGAAGGAUCUGAAGCAGACACUCGUCGAGAACGAGCUGGCCACGCGAGCCUUGAAAAAGCAACUUGACGAGAGCACCUUGCAGGCAUCGAGGGCAGUGAUGGAACGCACGAAGGCCUACAACGAUAAGCUUCAACUGGAGAAGCGUUCCGAGGAACUUAAACAACAACUGGAGGCCCUCAAGGAAGACCAGAAAAAGCUUAUGCAGAAACGCUCCAAUAGCAGCGAUAUCUCUCAGUCAGGUUACACUUCGGAGGAAGUGCCCGUACCCAUGGGACCACCCUUGGGUCAGGCUACAUCUUUAAAACUGGCUGCUGCUGCAGUCGUGUCCCAGAGGGUAAACACAUCAUCCCCCGAUCUGGGUAUAGAAAGCGAUGCUGGAAGGAUUUCAAGCGUGGAGCUAUCCAAUGCUCAGCGGGCGAUGCUCAAGAUUGUAGAGAUGAAAACCGAGGGUGCAGCUGUACAAAAGACAAAGUCAGAGGAAUCCACAUCUUCCGACGCCAAGACCAAUAUGCCAACUGCUGGAGCCACAGCUCAUGACUGUGCCAAGGUAGAUCUUGAAAACGCCGAGUUGCGGCGCAAACUAAUCCGCACCAAGCGCGCAUUUGAAGACACCUACGAAAAGUUGCGUCUGGCUAACAAAGCAAAAGCACAAGUCGAGAAAGACAUCAAAAAUCAGAUACUAAAAACUCACAACGUUCUGCGAAACGUUCGCUCAAACAUGGAGAAUGAGUUAUAACGAUCGCGCCGACGUCCAGAAAAUCAGCAUUAACCCGAGAGGCCAUUUACUCAAUUUUCAUUUGCCAUUUUCAAAUUGUUCUUGCCAUUUUCAUUUUUUGACUACAUUGUAUUUCUUUUUUUGUUGUCUCGUUGCUAACUUGAUAUUGAUUUAUAUAUAUUUCUUGUGUUUGAAGAGAACAGAAACAACGAAGUUAUUAAUACGAAAUACCCAUGCAUUUUCUAAAGACUGUUGAGGGAAUCGAACCCAUUGAAUGAAAUAAUAUCAUACACACACACACACCUGUUUUUUGCACAACACAAAUUUAAUGAAUUAACCGAGUGCUGGCAAAAUGUAUCUAACCCGGCGCACUCAUUCAUAUUGAAUGACACAUGUAUAUUAUAAUGUAUAUAUAUCCUUCUAGUACCUAAACUUUUACGAAUAUUCUUUAGCAUAUUUGUCCUGAUCCUUGUGGUCGAAUGAUCCUCGAUUUUUGUAUAACCUGCCUGUAGUUACUGCCUAUUUAAUGUAUACUCCUACUGCUUAACUGCUCUUAAUCCCUGAUUUCAGUUAAUCAUCGAAACGGAUAUUGAAAUAAUUGUUUGACUUACCCACCAAAAACGGUGUAACCACGUUGCCAUCCAAUAACUCUGUUUCGAAGCAUCCUUUGUACAAUGUGUAAAAAGUAGUGUGCGGUGUCCUGGAGAACAAGACCUAGAACUUAAGUCAUUUGUAACCUGUCGUUUUAUGAAAUAAACAAUUGCGUUAGAAUUACAA